AUGCAAAUCUUUGUGAAAACCCUUGCUGGAAAAACCAUUACCCUGGAGGUGGAAAGUUCUGAUACCAUUGAUACUGUGAAACCAAAGAUCCAGGUCAAAGAAGGUAUUCCCCCAGACCAGCAGAGGCUUAUCUUUGCUGGCAAGCAGCUUGAGGAUGGGAGGACCCUCGCUGACUACAAUAUUCAGAAGGAGUCAACACUUCACUUGGUCCUUCGUCUUCGUGGUGAUCCUUUUCCUGAUCCAAAUGUGCACAUCCGUAUUCAGCAGCGCAACGGUGGGAAAAAGCUGACAACUGUCCAGGGGUUGAAGAAGGAAUUCGGCUACAAGAAGAUACUCAAGGACCUUAAGAACGAGUUCAGCUGCAAUGGCACUGUUUUCCAGGACCCUGAAUUAGGGCAGGUUAUUCAACUUCAAGGUGACCAGCGGAAGAAUGUCUCCACCUUCCUUGUUCAGGCUGGUAUUGUGAAGGAGGAAAAUAUAAUGAUCCAUGGUUUUUAGGCUGCAGCAGCAAGAAUUUCCCCUUAUCGUAUAUAUUCCUCUAUUGUUUCCAAUUAGAACAUAAUAUCAUAUAAAUCUCUGUUGGGUUAUCUGACUAUAUGCAUCUCGCGUUUGUUCUUCUAUCUACCAUAUGGUUUGUGUAACUCUGGAUGACUAUGGUAUCUAUGACAGUUUGUUUUCGAUUAGUUAUUGGUAUCCAAAUUAAACUAGUUCUAGUAUG